CCCAGCGGAAACAAGACCCAUACGGGGGACACAAUACCAGCCACCCCUAUGAAAAAGUACUUUCUCAACAAAAUGUCCACCGGCAAGCGUCUGGCGAAGCGCUCGAUCGUGGGUACGCGCGUCUGUGCGCCCGGUACCGAUGGCAUCUGGUACUCGGGCAAGAUCGAGUUCGUCAAAACGGCGCCCGACCAGAAGGAGCCGGGCCGCAGCCCGGGCGGCAGCUUCCUGCCGGGGCUGACCACGCCCGCCCGCUACACGGUGCUGUUCGACAACGCGAAGGAGGUGGCCCGGCUCGGGCUCGCCCGAGAGUUCCGCGAGACCGAGCUGAUCGGGCGCGGCUUCCGGACGAUCGCGGACGUGAAGCUGAAACCGGGCCAGAAGGUGUUCCUCACGUACAACGGGCGCGAGAACACCGGCGAGGUGAUCGCACACGACGACCUGAAGGACGAGGUGAAGGUGCGCAUUGCCGGUGCGACGAACGGUGCUGCACAGGAGGCGCCGAUUGAGCUAACCAAGCGGCUGGAGGAAAUUCGUCUGCUGGAAUCGCGCCGCUCGCAGCGGCUGGCAGUGCAGGAGAAGGAUACGGACUUUGCCCGGCUGGCGGAUAUGGCCGGCGAUCGGCGACGACAAUCAAACAGCAUCGAUGUGCCAUUCUCACUGACGCAACAGAACGGAUCUCGCAAACGACGGCCCUCGUACUCGCAGGACGAUCGAGAGUACUACAGUAUUAACGACGACGAUCCGAUGGACGAAUGCAACGCCGCGCUGGUACUUAUGAGCCUGUCCUGCUCGCCCAACUCAUCCGUGCACGGUUACGAAACAAUUCUUGGCACCAGCUCGGGCAGCAGCACCACCUCCUGGAGCACCGGAUCGACCUCGCCGCCGCUGAGCGAGGAUGGACAUUCCACACCACCGACGCACCACUACCAGCACGAGCUGAACCACAAUCAUCAUCACAAUGGACGCCACCAGGCGGCGGGUUCGGGCGGUUCGGGCGGCCGUGGCGCGCGCACCACCUCCCUGUCGACCUCGGACGAAGGCAUCGGCAUGGAGUACAACGAGGACAUGCCGAGAAAGCGUCGGGUCAGUCAGCGAAUUUUCAAAUGCACCUGGAAAGGUUGUGGCGUCAUCUACACUACAUGUACGGAAAUCACUCAACACGUUAGGAACGCACAUCUUGGCCCCCGCAAGCCGAACGAGUACAGCGACGAGGAGGAUUUCUUCUUCACCGAAACCGAGGAUGAGAGCGACGAGAGCGCGCCGAAUCCACCCUCGCCACCGACGCUGAGCCAUCGCGACAUGGCACGUCCCCCGCACGAGGAUCCCGAGUACCAGCGCCAGAUUGUUGGCACCUACCGGCAGGGAUUGCUCUCGCAAUCGCAGGCCCUCCAGCAACAGCAACAGCAGCAGCAGGCUGCACAGCAGCAGCAACAGCAACACCAGGCCCAACAGCAGCAGAUCGCCUCCAUCAAGCCACCACUGCCGGCCGGCCUCACGGUGGCGGCCCUGAGCGGCUCCAACGGCACCUCGUCGGCCAGCAAUGGCGGCUCGAACGGCAGCAGCAGCAGCAGCAACAGCAAUGGCAGCACCAGCAACGGUGCGGUCAACCCGCACAGCAGCGUCUCGCCGCUGAUUCACCACAACUACACCUGGUCGCAGGUUAGCCCGACGUCACCCCAGAAGCACGUGCGGCUGUCGCCCCGACCGUCGGCCUCGUAUCCGUACCCGUCGCCGAACUACCAGCACCACUAUCAGGCGCAGGCCGCCCAGCAGCAGCAGCAGCACCAUCAGCAGCAGCUCGGCCACAUCCAGCUGUCGCCGGGUGCGGGCAGUGGCAGCAACGGUACCGCCGCCUACCACCAGCUGCUGGCGGGUGCGGCCGGCGCCACCGGCGCCAUCACGCUCGGCUCGUACAGCAGCAGCCCGGGCUCGAGCGGCGGCGGCAGCAGCGUGGGCAGUGCGGGCAGCGGCCAGCACCGUUCGCCCGUGUCGCCGAACCGGAGGACGCGCGGCGAGAACAAGAAGUGCCGCAAGGUGUACGGCAUGGACCACAAGGAUCAGUGGUGCACCCAGUGCAAGUGGAAGAAGGCGUGCAGUCGAUUCGGCGACUGAUCCAAGCCGUCCGCCGGCAACCGCAAAGCAGCAGCAGCGCCACCACCACCACCGCCACCACCAGCGGGCAGUAACGGCAGCGCCAAGUUGCACCCGUCGGCAGUCGUCGGGCCGAGUGGGGCAUCGGCUGGCAACGCCAACGCUGCCCCGUCUACUUCGCCAUCGUCCUCACAGUCGCUGUGGAUAUCGUCGUCGUCGUCGUCCUCGUCGUCGUCCUCGUCAUCGUCGUCUUCUUCCGCGCCCUCAUUGUCCUGUCCGUCGUCCGCGGUGGCGAUGGUCAAGCAGGUGAUCCAGCUGCAGUCCCAGCCGCCACUGACCGCAACCGCAUCGUCGCUGCUCCUACACAACCAACACAGCCAGCCGGCUCAGCACCGGCUCAGCGUGCAGUACGCACAACCGCAGCAUCCGCGUCCGCGCGCCCACGGCAUGGUGGUCUGAUGCGAUCGGCCGCCACCGUUACAGCGUGCCAGGUACGACGUGUGUCAUCGAGGCAGCCUCAUCGGGGUGCAACCAAUUUAGUACUUGCGAGCGAAACCAUCGCAACAAAUAAACACCCUUCCGGCACAACGUUGCAACCGUCCGCAACAGACAUGGUGCCAGCAACAAACCACUUAACAUUGGCGGGGCAGAUAGAACGCAGCCAGCCAACUAACCAACCAACCAAACCAGCUCAUCGACGAUGGACAAAAGCAAAAACCGUAAGUAGAGAGUAGUAAGAAGUGAAACAUCAGACAGAGAGAAAUUUAAAAAAACACCCAAUAGUUAAGACUACACUGCGAAACGAUAAACGCAGUGAAAAGGAAAAAAACACACACACAAUUACGAGAAGCAAAAGAUCUUUAAAACAAAACACAAGAGAGCGAUAGAGAGAGUUAAAAGAAGAGAAAAAAAAAACAAACAAAAGAAAACGAAAAUACGAAAACCACAAGACAUCAAAGGCUGAUUUAGUUUUAACAUGCGGAUAAACAAAAAAAAAAACAAGAUAAAAAGCAAACGAAAAAAAAAACAAUCUACAAAGCCAACCGAUUGGGUGACAUCGAACUGGCCAGGGGUAACUGGUCGUACCGCACGGCAUUAGCCACACUACCAUGGCAUGAUGGAGGCGCCCCGGACUUUUGGACGGAAGCGUGUGACAUUGCGCUAGCAAAUGUUUUCAAGUCACUUGUCUUGACUUAUUUAAUUCACAAAGCAAGCACGAUCGAUCGCCUUCACUGUGCCAAUCGUCACUCGUCCGCCCGGACAACCGGACUCGGCUCGCGAUCCUGCCAGCGGCUGAACUGAUACAAUCUUCUGACAAAUAUACCGUCCGAUAAUCAAAACAUCAAACAAUGUAAACCUCACACACCCAUAUUCCCCCCAGAUUAAAGCAACAAACACUCAAAAUAUCCGGAAGGAAGUGGGGAGUGUGAGGAUCGCGAUGGAAGGAUCGCCGUUCGUGUGCUGGUGGUGAGCGUGAGAGUGACUGGGCGCCUCCAUCGAUCGUUACCGCCGCGGCACGACCGCCGUACCGAAUGAUCUCGAACCCGUUCGCUGUGCCGAAGAAAUGUGAAAUAAGGGUAUUUAAACAAACACACACGUACGCAAAAAGAAGAUUACAAAGAUGUAACACAAAAGAUCUGCAAUUCGAGAAGGGGAAAGGGAAAUGCAAAAUGGAGGAGCAAAAAAUGGAAAAAUUAAAAAAUAAAACCCACUGCCAAUAAGUUUAAUGAAGCGAGGGCGAUAAAUGCCGACACCGACUCAAAUGCAAAAGGAAGGGUUAAAAAGAAAAGAAGCAAGGGCAAAAAAGAAGCAAAAGCUCGCCACUAACGCGUUGUCAGUUAUGUGAAGAAGAAGAAGAAAAAACAUGCAGGAUGUAAGUAAGGAAGAAGUUAUCACAAAACCAAGCGUACAUCGCUGGAAGGUGAAGGCAGAAGGCAAAAGGCGAAAGCAUAUUGUUAGUAACAGCAUCAUAAGUAAUCAACAGCAAACAACAAAACACAAGCAAAAACCUAAGCAAAACACAAGUAAAAACGUAUAACAACGUAAUUCGUAAACGUAAAUUCUCUACUGCAAGCGAUAAACAGCGCAAAAACAAAAAAAAACACAUUAACAAAACAAACAAACGCAAAUUCUGUCUAUCUGUGUGUGAGUGUAUGUAAUUGUAACAUAGGAGAAUAAGUAUCGAGGGGUAUAAUCGGUAAACGAAGAUUAUGAAGCAAGCAUAAAUAAGGCCACAAGCAGACACAAGUGCUCGAAACACACACACACACACUCACGCGUUGGUACCUACUGUGUAUGUUUACCUACAAUUAAAAGCGGGUUGUAUGACGAUACCGGCGGUUGGAGUUGGAGGUUAUGCAGUAUGUUAGAGGAGAAUCCUGAUGCGCCAGCACCGACUGCACCGGCCUAGAAAGCAGCCACCGUUUUCCCUCCCUCACCAGCUAAUGCUCCUAUUUACCAAUUUUACCAACUACCAACUAAAAUUACUAAACGAAAACACCCCUAUCGCCGUUUACACGUACGCCAAGCAUCGUGCGGGCAAAAAAGCGGGUUUCGAUAAGCAUAUGGGAGCCGUGGUCACAUCUGAACGCGUACGACCCUCCCCACGAAGAGUUACCCACGAGUCGAUCGAUCGUCACCGAUGGCCAGCAGCGAGCCCUAUAAUGUGUGUUGUUAUACUUUUCCUGCACGCCUCUCAGUCUCCCGCUUAGUGCAGCAGAGCAAAUGUGAUACCAAGCGGCGGGACAAUCUUGACUGUUUUUGACACCGUUGUGAGUUUUCGAGCUUUUAAGACGCGAUCGUGCGCCUUGGCACGAUCGUUUACGGCAGCAUCGUUACCGGGCUUUUUUUCUUCACAAGCGGUGAAAGCAUACUUUGCCAAUGCCUUUCUUCCCCUUUGGAAACCGAUACGACAAGGUUAAUUAAGCCUUGUGCUGUUGUGCAUGGUUUAAGGGGGAUUCCUGAUUGUAUGGAACCCUCUGGACACUGUCCACGGGCCCCAUCCAAACCCUCGCCGCGAUCGUGGCGGCAGAACAGCGAGCGCUAAUGGUAAUGAUGACGGUGAACGAUGAUGGAAAUGAUACGCAAUUUUGCAACUGAUGAUCUCUGUGAAACUGUUCAUUUUUUUUUUUUAAUUUAAUUCUCUCUCCCCGCGCGUAGAGACUUGCAUAUUUAUAAACAUUUAUUUUUUAUUCGUACGAUUGUUUGUUUGUUUUACAACGUGUUUUUGUAGCUCGUGUCGUUUUGCGUAUCCUUGGCCUGAUCUGCCCUAGUCUGGUCUGGUAAUUAUGGCCAAACAAUAUUAGUACAGGCAGGAGUGCUUUGUUUCUGUACUGUUUGGUACUGCUUCUUCUUCGAGCGCGAGCAACUUGGAACUUGGGCGGAGGAAGCAUUCAUUCUUCGAACCCUACCAUACCGCACUGUGCAGCUGCAGCCGGGUGGCAAAGAUAUUAAAUCAAUCAAGAACGCCAAAACAUACCGACAUUUUUCAUUGCCCGAGUAUCUCCAGCUUCAAAAAUCCCAAAAAUUCAAACAAUUGGUUGAAACACGUUAAUAUGUAAGCAACACAUUGAAUCAAACAAAAAAUAAACAAACAAAAGCAAUUGGAACGUGAGCAAGAACUGAACCGCUGAGGGUACAUUUUGACAAAAAAAGAGGGGGGAGGGUUAGAUUACAUCGGUAGUGAUGCUAAGCAAACUCUACACACACACACACAUGUGUAUGCGGAAGUGGAGUGGAGAACUCGUGAGGAUUCUGGCACGAAAUGCAUUGGAAAAGCACUCGAACAGUUCAGAUUGGUUCCGGGAUGUUUGCAAUGCCGAGGGAAAAGAGAGCACGUGUGCGGGCAAUGGUCCAUAACGCAGCCACAAGCGCACUGCAGUAACUACUACUACUACUACUACUACUACGACUACUACUACUAUUACUACUACUUUUAAUGACAAUCGUGAGCAAACUGAUAAGCAAAUGCAUUCGAUCGCAAGCAAAAGGAAUCUUUACGUAGUAAGUGUACGUGUAUGUGUGUGUGUAUGUGAAUGUGUGUGUAUGUGAAUGUGUGUGUAUGUGAAUGUGUGUGUAUGUGCGUGGCAUUGCUUAUAUACAUGCACAAAUGAUCAUCAUUAUUCCCCAUUUCCCACACUCCGCCCUGUUUUGCCAACAACAACCAACACAAUUGCAAGAAGGAUUGUUUGAUUGCUUGGUGGGGGUGGCUUUUAUGUGGUGGCUGUUUGUUUUUCACUUCCAAUUUACCACCAAUAAAAAACAAACUGGAAUCGAACGGGUAUGCGAACGAGAGAGAAAGAGACAGAGACAUGAAAGAGCAAACAGUAAAGCAAAGCGUUGGAAAUGUAUUGACAAGACUAAAAACUUUUGCCUAUUUAUAUGUACAAAUCGAACAAAAACUGCGGAUAAGGGAAGUAGUAACGGGAAUGAUCGAACACGUGUGUGCUGUGCUGUUUGCAGUGCAUUAGCAACCCAAACAACGUUGAAACCAAGCAUUGGUUCUCUUGGUGCAAGUGCAACAUUUGGGCAAGAAUAAUGUGUUUCGUGUACCGUUCCUUGUGGGAUAGGACCACAGAACAUACAUACAUAUAUACAUACAUGCAUACGCAUACACACAUACAAAACAUACACCAUUUGGGAGAUAGUAGCGAACAGGAUAGCGAUGUGUUUGAUAGCAGGAAUCGAUAAGAAAGCAUGUGGCAUAACCGAGUAGUGAUGUGAGCAUGUGUGUAAAACGUCUCUUUGUCCGUGUGUAGUAGUGAAGCCGUUUUUUAAGUGUAAUUUUCCUCUCACAAAAAAACCCGUUUUAUCGUGUUUGUUAGUAAUGAAAGGGACAGGUGGUUGUAAUCGUAAAAAAAUGCAAGCAGGAACGAACAGAAGAGAAUGUUAGCAGGAAACGCAUUACCCAUAAUACCGUGUGGAUAGCUUAAGCCGGUUUUGAAAGAGGACGAUGCGCAUAAGACAUGCCAUGGAGAAAAAGAAAGAGAUAUAAUGAGAGAUAGAGAGAAAGAGAGAGAGAGAGAGAGAGAGAAAGAGAAAGAGAGAAGACAAGCAAGUGCAUAUAACAUGAUACAGAAGUAAAACAAUUAGCACCACCUCAUCUAAAGCAAAUGCACUCCGCCAUUUUACCACUCCUGCAGAAGGCAAGUAAGAAGGAACAACAAACAGAUAAGAAGAAGACGGUAACACAGAGCACACAACAGAACAGAGCAGAGAACCGAAGAGAGAACAACACAGUUGUACAAAACAAACAAACAAUAGCACACGAAUAAACCAGACAAACGGAUGAUUAGUGUACUGGACUGGGCGUUAGUAGACGACGAACGUGAGCGAGGACAGAGAUGAUGAACAUAAAGCGAAAUAAGAGUAGAGGUGGAUCAGUGGAGGAGGAACAAAAUAUGGCGCAUUAUUAUUGGGGUUACCGUAUUUUAUCUGUUUUAAUAUAUGAUUAUUAUUAUUAUUUUGUUGUUUUUAAGCGAACCAAGAAAAAACAUACAAAAAACACAAACACACAUACACACAAACGCAAAAAACACAUACACACUCAUACCCAUGAAAAGUAAAAAGUAAGCAUCAAUGUGACAAUGUGUUGUACAGUAGUAGUAGCAGCAACAGCAGCAGAGAAGUGCGAUAAAACAUAUAAGUAAGGUAUUGAAACGAAUCCCUAAGAUUAAAAGAAAAAGGAGCGAAAGAAAGAGGGAGGGAGAGUUACUAACAAGAGAUAAAAAGAAGGAAAAAACGGUGAAGUAAAGUAAAUAAGUUACAAGAAAAAAAUAACAAUCGAAAAGAACAAAAAAAGAGAAACGAAAAGAGAGAAAGAGAGAGAGAAAGCGAGGAAGAAUUGAUUCACACCCACCUUUAUGCGAUAUAAGUUAUUUCGUACGUUAUAAUCUGUUAAGCGUUAGUUUUAACACAACACAAACAAAACAAAACAAAACAAAAUAACAAAAAAAACCAUUAAAUCAGCAAACACGUGAUUGUUGGUUUUUGUUUCAUACAUCUAUACAUAAACAUAACUUCUUUUCUUCUUUGUCUACCACCUAAGCAUAAUUUAAUGUUGAGCAAAACGACACACGAAAGCAUUACUAAACACACUAACUAAACUAAAAUCACACACCAACAAACACACACCCGGAACACGGAAACGCUUCUCAUCACCACCAUUUGUACUUCGUAAGCUUUAAGCUUUAAGAGUUUACAACUAUUUUACAACGUUCUAUUUUUAAAUACCGUAUAAUAUCCUUUCCCUUUUAAGGGGAUGGAUAAGCACAGCAAAUCGGCAAACUUCGGACACAAACACACACGCCGCAAACGCAGGCAAACUAGUGGUUAAAUCGUUACAGACUCAGCUCUCACUACAAAGUGUCUUUCCUUCUGCUUGUGCACAAAUGCACCAACAAAAGCAACAACAACAAGUUAAUUCGUUCAGUAACCAAUUGUUAAGAAGCACUGUUAGAUUGUUCAAACAAACAGACAGACAAACAGACAGACAGCCAGACACACUAAAACACACACACACGCAUGCAUGCAAUUCGGUGCAUCCUUUGUGCAUUAUUAUUAUUAAUGUUAUUAUUAUUAUUGUAAAAUAGUGUCUCGCGACAUGCUGUGUGUGAUAAAUGCGUGUUUGUUCUCUUUUCUUUUGUUUAAUUUUGCUGUCUUCACUUUCUAUUUUGUCUGUUAUUAAACAUAAAACCCGCUCCAUCUCAUAGUACCGAUCCGUUUGUUUGAGAGAAGGAUAUAUGAGAUGGCUCAGAACGGAGUAAGGAUGCCCCCCGGGGGAGAUUUAGUGGGAUAAGUGGAGGAAGGACAAUGCAACAAUGCAGAAAAAAAAACCAGCGAAAUAAAAUGAAAACAAAACGAAACCUAAAUGCCAAGGCCAAUUAAGUAAAGGGAUGAUAAUGAUGAUGAUGAUGAAUGAUGAUGAUAGUAUCUCUGUAAAGUUACGUUAGCCAGAUAAGGGUAGGCACGGUCGCAUAAAUGCAGUACAAGUUACACAAGCUUCUUACACAUCGCUUGCACAACGCGCUAUCUGCACGCUCUGGUACAUUUGUUCAUUUGUUUCCUUUCGUUUUUCCUCUCUAUAUGGUUCUUUCUUUUCAGUUCUCUCUUCCUCUUCUUUCCGUCUUGCUUUCAUUUUCACUUACAAUUCCCAUUUUUUUUAAAUUAACGAUAUUGUUCUUCCCGCUUCUUUCGCUGCUCACACAUUAAACCAUUCAUUACUAAUUUAGCGAGCGACUCAUAAUGUUACAAUUUGACGCCAAACGCAUCGGCCGGCGCCAGCAAAUGCCUCUCCCUUGGCGUUGGUCGUUGGUUGGUGCGGCACGCAAACGAAAAACCACUCUAUUUAUCUGCCAUUUAUACCUAAGAUUACAUUUAUUUACGCGGAAAUCGGACGUAUCGGAUAACGGUGUGUCCUCUGUAGCUCUGUAGGAAGAGAGAAGAAGAGGAAGAAGAAGCAGAAAAAGAAAACGAAAUAACAACAAAAGCUAGAGUUCCAAAGCUUUUGUAGCUUUCAUUUUCAGUCGGUUUUAUCGAGUUAGUUUUUUUUUAAGUGAUUAUUAUUAUUAUGAUUGUACUUCCCACCAUUCAUUGUGCUUUAUACUUUUAACCAUUUCGUUUGCAUGAUUUGAAAACCAUUUACUUCCUUCAUCUCUUUCUUUUUUCUCCAACUCCAAGUUAAGUGCAUUAAGUGAAACGAAAGUACCAUGUUUUUUUACAUUUUACAAUAAUACUUUUAGCUGUAACAAAUAUCAAUAACAACAACAACAACAACAACAAAGCAGCGAAACAAACAAUGGUAGCGAGUCUUUCGCGCUUCCGUUUGUUUUCUUCUGCUUUGUUUUUUGAUCGUGAUUUUUGCCACCGUUGAGUUUAGUGUUGCAGUUGCAGGUACUACUACUACCACUGCUACUAGUACUGGGCGGUUUUAAGUUAGUUCAAUUUUUUACUUCAACCCCCUUCUUUUCGCCCGGCUGGUGAUGGUUGAGAUUAACAUUUAACAAUCAAACAACGUACACACAAACACACACAGAUAUAUACAUAUAUACAUCCACAAAACUCACACUCAUGCAAAGGCUUAGCUGUUAAUGUAGUGAAAUAUAUUAGGGUUUAGUAUGUUUAUUUCAUAUGUUUUUUUUUUCCCGCCCUCCGAAAUUGAUCUUUUCUUGCUGUCGUUGUAAACACACUUAUUUAUUUAUUAUCCCAACAACCAUAUUUUGCCACCUAAGACGCAGGGAAAAGGAUAGAGGAAAACGUAUAAAAAGGGGAAGCUAGAAAGAUAUAGAGAGAUAGAGAGAAAGAAAACGAGAGAGAGAGAGAGAAAGAGGAAAGAAAGAGAGAAAGAAGUAUAUUUUUAUUUUUAAGCAACAAAGAGAAAUGAAACAGCAAGAUGAAAGGUAUAUAUAUAGAAAUACAAAAUGGAAGCAUAAUCAACUUACCGGCACUUACCUUCAAAACACACACACAAACA